CGAGCUUCGAGAGACGGUGUCGAUUGAGUGCAAGACGGCAGCGCGCGAUAUUUUCAAAACUCCGUUAAUACUUUCAACUGCUAGAUUUGCUUUCUUCUAGUCAUCAUCUAGCGGUGAUGAAGAUGAAGUUUUUAUGACGGCCAAAAUACCACACAAAAUUCCAAAAAUAGAAAAACUUUAUUAACGUAGGUACAUAAUCUUUACAAAAAUAUUGCACUUUAUGGCACUAGAACUGUAGCUAGUGUUUAGCCGGGAGUGCAACUUACAGGGCAACCUUGUACAGUGCUGCUGCCACCAGGCGAGUUUUUGGUGCGCACUCAGUGCGGCCCAGUGAAAAACGCUGUAAAACUCCGAAGCUGAGUGAAACUCCAAAAUGGCGCGACUGCCAACUGUAAACACCCAGUUUUGAUGUUGGUGCGUAGUGUGGAAACUGCAGUACGUUCGCGUCGAUAUUUGCUACCGCGCCAAACGCGUCUCGUUUUCCAGUCGCAUCGUAGCAACAGGAAAUCCAGGCUGAAUGUUCACGGUAUCAACGAUCGCCCAUUCGAUUCCAGGGAGCGACCCGAGCAAAAUGGCACAGAAGCGUGGUGCUGUUCAUAUAGGAUCCGACGAGGAUGAUCCGAGUGGCUGCAAAUACAGGAGACUGGAUGAUGACAAUGUGCAGGACAAAGAGAGGUUUGCGAGUAGGGAGAAUCAUUGUGAGAUAGAACGCCGGCGCCGGAACAAGAUGACGGCCUACAUCACCGAGCUUUCCGAUAUGGUACCGACCUGUUCAGCUCUGGCUCGGAAACCUGACAAGCUCACGAUCUUGAGAAUGGCAGUGGCGCAUAUGAAAGCUCUCAGAGGUACCGGAAAUACCGCGACGGACAACGCUUACAAGCCGUCCUUCCUUACGGAUCAAGAACUGAAGCAUUUGAUCCUUGAAGCUGCCGACGGAUUUCUGUUCGUCGUCAGUUGCGACACAGGCAGAAUCAUCUACGUCUCCGAUUCUGUCGCGCCUGUGUUGAACUAUACGCAGAGCGACUGGUACGGUACGAGCCUCUACUCGCAAGUGCAUCCCGACGACACCGAGAAGGUGCGGGAGCAGCUUAGCGCUGCGGAGCCGCAACACGGUGGUCGGGUGUUAGAUCUUAAAACUGGAACUGUGAAGAAGGAAGGACAGUCGUCUAUGCGAUUGUGCAUGGGCUCGAGAAGGGGUUUCAUCUGUCGCAUGAAGGUCGGCAACCUACAAACGACGGGUGACAUGGCAGCGGCUCAUGGUUUACAUCGCAUGAAGCAGAGGAACUCUCUGGGUCCACCAGGCCGGGACGGCCAGAAUUACGCGGUAGUGCACUGCACCGGAUACAUCAAGAAUUGGCCGCCAACUACCGGUGAUUUUGUUCCCCCAUGUGUACCAGGUGUGGGUCUAGGUGACAGAGGUGGCGUUCAAACUGGUCCAGACGGUGUGGUCACAGACGAGAAUGCUUCCACGCAUUGCUGCCUUGUCGCUAUUGGGCGAUUACAAGUUACUAGCACACCAAAUAGUAGCGACUUAGCGGGUUCAAAUAGCAAUAGCGAAUUCAUAUCUCGUCACUCUGCGGAAGGUAAAUUUACCUUCGUGGAUCAAAGAGUUGGUGGAAUCUUGGGUUACACUCCAUCAGAACUCUUAGGCCAUCCUUGUUACGAAUUUUUUCAUCCAGAAGAUCUGACACACAUGCGAGAGAGCUUUGAACAAGUAUUAAAGCUAAAAGGACAAGUCGUGUCUGUGAUGUACAGAUUUCGGGGUAAAAAUCGCGACUGGGUGUGGUUGAGGACAUCUGCAUUCGCGUUUUUAAAUCCAUUCAACGAAGACGUCGAAUACAUUGUCUGCACAAAUACACACGCCAAAUCGUUUCAUCCAAGUAGCGACGGUCAAACGGAGAACGAAACUGUACCUGCGUAUGGUCAACCUGGUUUAGAUUAUUCUCUCCAAAGACAUCCAGCCAGGGAUCCGUUAUAUUCUGCACAUCAUAUGAUGCAGCAUCCGGCGACCGUGGCUACAGCUAGUCCGCAACAACCUAGGCCGUCCAGUACACAGAAUGUGUAUCAAAGCUAUGAGACGACGCAGUCGCCAAUAGCUUAUGGAUCACCUGGGCAGCAGAGCGCAUCCUCGUCGGUUUUAAGUAGAAUCCAAAAGCCGGCCAAUACAUCUCCAACACCGCAAGCGUGGGCAAUUGGAAGACAGCAACCAGUAACAGAAGGCUAUCAGUAUAGUCAAUUAAGUCCGUCGAGAUCACCGAGCGGACCAACUUAUACGCAGUUAAGUAGCGGCGCUAGGACACCGGCUACGCAGCAAUACCAUGCAGUCACAACAGUGCCUAAUAAUCCUGGUAUGUGGGGUUGGCAGCAACAGCAUCAGACGCCACAGCCAGACGGGCAAACUAACGCUCAAGUCGCCGCACAACCACCGCACCCUGGACAAGCCGGGCCUGGUACGCAGCCGCAAGAGCUAUCUGACAUGUUGCAGAUGCUGCAGGACCAAGGCGGUUCGUCCGGCUUCGAAGAGCUAAACAUGUUUAAUACAAAUUUCGAGUAGCAACGAAACAGUUGUUACUCGACACGCCUUUGGGGAGCAGCUUUUACAGACGUUGCUCGACUUACGAUAAGAAUAAUACGUUCUUAUGUAAGCUGAAAAAAAAACCAGUUUACGUAAUCAAAAGAAUUUAGACUACAUUUAGCAAUUCAAAGAUCCAAGGUUUGAUUUUCGGUAAAAAGAAAACUAAUAUUUCUAGAAACUCUGAAAUAAAUUGUCUUGUUGUCGUUUUUUGCAUUGUAAGGAGCUUGUUAACAAUAAUACAACCAAUGAAUGGAAAGAGUAAAUAGUAAUCAUGUUUCUUAUACGGAAUGCCUUUUAAACAAAUUUUUUCAUUUUACAAAGUAAUCUAACUCUAUAAGCUCAACUUUAAUCUCAACGCAAUCGCUUCAGAUUUUAUGCAAUACUAUGCACUUUGCAGACUUAAUCUUAAUCUGUUUACACGCGGUGUACAUAUGCGUUUGAAUCAUGCGUAUAUGCAUGAGCGUGUUCAGAGUUCGUGCAAAUGAACGUUCAUAAGUCGAGCAAUGUCUGCACUUUAAGUGAAAUUCUUCGGAGGUUAUAUAUAUAUAUAUAUAAAAAUCUGGGCGUCGCAAUAUGUGCACCUACAGCAUCCGAAGAAUCGCUCACGAAAAAAAAAAAAACGCGAUUUACCAAUUUAGCACCGCAUAUAUAGACUCUAAGCAAGAAAAAAAACGAUCGCACUGGGAUUAGGAGAGCCUAGUCUACCAGAUUAUUUACACAUUAUUAUGCAUACUUAUACACAUAUAACAAAAGAUUCGGUUUACUGUCAUGGGUCAAUCAGACACACGCAGGUACGAUCGCAAUAUCGUAUGCCCCAAUUGUUCGAAGUAGUUGUCCAAAUUGACAAACGACGUUUUCGAUGCGAAAGUGCCAUUACGACAUCAAAUGCGAUUUUACCUUCAUCGCGAAACAAACGGUCACAUCGACUAGGGCUCGAAAUAAAUUAUAAUACGCACAGAUGGGCCACCCGCAUUUGAUGUUUGGCGCAAGGCAUUAAAGAUAAGUAAAACAAGUAUUUUAUAUCGUUUUAAACGAAUGCACAAUUAAAUAAAGAUGUACAAGAUGUAACUGAUAAGAAGUACUUCAUUUUUUAUGCAUUAAUUACUGUUUCAAUGUAAGUGUGCUUUGUUAAAUUUGAAGACUCGAUUAGGAAUAUAUGGUAAAUUUACUUAUUGCAAUGAAAAUUUAUAAUUUAUUUAAGUAAAGAAUUUUAAAUUAAAGAAUAAUGUAACCAUAUGUAUGGAUGUUUACGGCCUUGUUGCGGGUUUUAUAGUUUUGUAAACAUCCGAUCUGUGCUUAUUAUACAAGUCACAUAGAUAAGCGACGUAAUAUUAAUUUACAUGACAAUUUUAAUUGAGAUAUCUCAUGCGAUUCGAUAAAUAUUUAACAAAGAAAAAGAAGAAGAUGAUGAAAAUAACGGAAGUGUACUCUAACCAUAAGAAAAAGUAUUUUUAAAAACAAAUUCUCAAUCAAAUCUACACAAAUCACGGUAAUUUUAAUACCAGCUUAUCGUUAGAUUCGUAAGGUUAGCUUAAUUAUAUUAAUUUAGAUCUUUGUAAUUAUGAACAGUGCAAUCAUAAGUCAACACGCGACAAGGAACUCGUUCGAGAUAUUGACAAUGUACAAAACUUGUGUAAUCCACUUUUGCUUCUCUGUGCAAGACACCGUUUUUAGAUAUUCUUAAAGGAAAAAAAUAUAGAUAAUGUUACACACGAAUAAUUGCAUUUAUAAAUAACCACGUGUGAUUUAGCGCGUUUGAACAAGUUUUAGCCAAUUUUUGAUUAGCACAUUUAAACGAAAUUGCAGCAUAUCACGACGAAUUGGGAACAUUUUUUCAUUAAUAUACAUAAACUAAUAUACGUACUUGCAUGAUUUUUUUGUGUCAUCCUAUAUCGUGACGAAGACAAGUACACAUCACUUUUGACAAUAACUAACAUUGAGCCUGAUGCAGGCGUCAAUACUUGUACACGAAUGUUAAGUAUGAACGUCGUCUCUAUCAGAGAAAAAAAUAACUAUUUCACAAAUCCUUUUACCUCUCAACUGUUACAUAUUCCUUUGCACAAUAUCCACCUACAUAUUAUAUAGUUCCACACGAGAAAAAGAACCAUAAAACAAUUAAUGAUUUAAAAAGAGCGAAGGAUAUUAGAAAAUGCAUACAUAUAUCAUGCAAUAAAACUAUAGAAACAAAACUUUUAGUGUACAUAUGUAUCUUGUAUUAUGUAUUGAAUACGUUGCUCUGCGCGCAAAUUCUUUAACAAUUCCUGCUUCUUAUAUUUUUUUGCAAUUUAUAAUCGAUGACUGCACAAAAGAACACAGAAGUUUGAGAAUAAUAAAAGUAUGAAAUCUCCAAAAAACAAAAAAACAGGAUAGAAAAAAAAUAUAGACCAACAAA